CCGUCAUACUCCAGUCUGCUCCAGUCUGGUUCUGUACACUAUACUUGGUAAGUGUAUUUUUUCUUUAUAAUACCAAUCGAUAAGAAACCGAAACAAAAACAUUGUCAAGUACUGCGACAUUCGGAGUCUUAAAAUAUUGUGUCGAUAAUUUGUAUUUAUUCAAAAUAUAUCAGUGAGAAAAUAAAAAAUUUCCUAUGCAUAGAAAAUUAAUCUAAUUAAAAGUGAAACAGUUGUGAUAAAUCAAAUCGUGGGAGUCUGGUAAAUCCUCUGCAAGUUUAGUGUUGAUCGUCACAGCCAAGUUCGACGUCGGCCAUUUCCCGUCACCUUUCUCACCAAUAAAUACAUUUACAAACAUUCAAUUUUUUAUUUGUAAAUUACGAUCUAAGUAAGCUAGACCAUGCUUAGUCUAAGUGAUAAAUCACCAGGACCCUCUUGGGCGAAAAAUCCUCCGGUAUCAUUUAAUAUAUAUUCGUCGACGAAUCCUGACAUGGUGACAGUGUUCUAUUAUCCUCUUAAUGACGUAGUUCCUGAUUCGUCUCAAGAUAAUAAUUUUUCAGCAUUUAAAAAGCAAUUAGUGGAUUUGAAUAUUCUUAAGAGUGGAGUAAAAUCAAUGGACUACAUUGAUGAUGAAGAUGAUGUAAUUCAUAUUGAUUCUGAACACGAAUUUAUGGAAGCACUUAAAUUCGCUCAAGCAUACAAAGAAAAAAAUGGCCAGAGUGUUUUCCUCCUGAUUGAUGAAAAAUCAGAGGAAGUGGUCACCGAGAGCGCCAUGAUUCUUAGCGAAGAGGACCCAGCAGAAUCAAUUGUAGAGGAAGUUAUGAGUACCCGCAAGAUAGCUUUUGAUAAAUCAAAGGGAAAAGGUUUUUCUAUGGGAGGUGGGUCGAAGGCUAAAAGCUUGAAGGAAAGGAAGAGAUACAAAUCAGCCAAAGCUGAUGAUAAGUUCGAACCAAGUGCUUGCUGCCAAAAAUAUUUAGAAAAGUUCAAGGAAGAAAUAGUUGCUGAAGUGACGAAGAAUGUAAUGAAGAAAUUAGCCAGUGCUUUUAAUACGGCAAAUCUUGGUGAUGCUGCCAAAGAAACGCCAGAGGAAGAAACACGCCACCAACCGGAUGCUCUAGAGUUCUGCUGCACCUCCAACAUCAACCCGCAAGCAAAUCACAUUAAGAGUAUUAUUGAUUCACCAAAGAAAAGUCCUAACAUCGUCAGCGAUGUUCCGCUCCCAGGGUUUAAUCAAAUUUUGCGAAGUUAUGCUGAAAAAGCGGCUAAGGAUAAAACACUUGAUCGAGAGUAUUCUAUCCACAAGGUACCAAAUUAUCCCCAUUAUCCAGCUUUCUACGGGCCAAACCUACCAGGACGUUAUUUCCCGUCACAUCCCAUGAUCCCGCCAUUCUACCCACCACUAAAUCCAAUGCCAUAUGUACGUCCGGGAAACAUCGUGGGACCUUCAGAACCAUCUCCGUUUUCACGUGGUAACAAUGGCCUGUAUUUUAAUGACUAUACUCAAGAUUACCCACCGAUAUGCAGUCCAGACCUUGCUUCAGUGGUGGAUUCAGUUCCUGCUCCUGCGCAAGUUCCAGUUUCACCUUCAGCUGAAGAAAAGAAUGGUGAUUGCCAGAAAAAGAAACCUAAAAUAACAGAUAGCGUGAUACUAAAUCGUGAUGAUUUAACAGAAAGACGAAAGAAUUUAGUUGAACAGGCUAAAAAAAUGAUGUUGAAGAAACCAAAUGCACUGGAAAUUAAGUCAACAAUUAAAAAAAUGGCAACACCUUCGCCAAAAAAAUCAAGCUCUUCAAAAAUUAAAAAUAAGAGUAAAAUGGAAAAAGAGUUAAUGAUGAACGUUAAGAAAAUGUGCAACUUUAAAAUAGAUGAUCAAGUCCAAAAGACGAGCGGAUGUAAAAGAAAAUCCCGGUCGACUGACGAAAUUCUCAAUCUAUGGGCAACUAGGUGUUCAUUGUUGAAUCAUAUACCCGGUUCAAUGAAAUAUAGUCCGGAUAUAUCGUUAAAUUCAAACCUAGAAAGCUCGGGAAUUUUUGCCAUGUCGUCACUGGACUCAGGUAAAGAUGAAGACAAGGAGACUAAAGUUGUAAAGGAUGCUGUCGAGGACAAAGAGAUUCAAGACAAUGAUGAAAAAAAUUCUGACCAGGAUGAGCAGUCUAGUGACGACGCCAGUACGCUUUCAGAAAUGAGUAAUUUGUCUCCUACACCCAGUGAACCUAAUAAUUUUGCGCUCGUCUUUUAUGAUAAAGACACCAAUAACUUUGACGUUAAAGAAGAUAGCCGCGAAGUUUUGGACUUUAUGAUCAGAAAGGAUCCUGCGUCAAUGAUUAGGUCACUUGGCAAAGACAAACCUGAGUUUUUAAAUGAAAUAAAAAAAGCGGAAAAGGAGGCUAGUACUGAGUUAGACUCAAAACCUCUAAAACAAUCUGAUGAACCUAAAAAAGAAGUACGUUUCGAAGUAGAGGUCGAAGACAUUGGGCCAGAUGAGUCUGAAGAAUUGAUCCCUGAAUUGAAUAAACGUUCUGGUGGUGGUUAUUCGUUUGUAAGCGAGACAUUACCUAAAGCUAAAGAAACUAUUACAGAAAGCACAGCUAGUGCUGAUGAAAAAAAUACUAAGAAAGAAAAAAGCAGCCAACAAUCCCAAGAGCAGUAUCAACAGAGCUCAGAAUUUUAUGAUCAAAAUAAUUUCUCUCCUUCUCUUAGUCAGCCCAUGACAUCGUCUGGCUACGAGACACUUUAUCCAGAAAAAUCUACCACUGGAACCAAGACUAAAUCAGAAAAAAAAUCUAAAGAUAAAGACAGUCAACAAAAGCACCCAAGUUACUCAGCAACAGUUCCAAAUGUAUCAGCUCACUGUUUCGUUAUGAAAUCAUCAGCCGAAAAUGUCAAAGUAUCAAAGCUGUCGAAGGCCGAAGAAAAAUUAAAGAAAGCAGAAAAAAAGUUUAAGGAGGCCGAGAAAAAAUGUAAAGAAGCUGAAAAGAAGUCCAAGUCAGCGAAAGAUCAAUCAUCACGAAGCAAGAGUGCUCGUGAUGAUUGUGCUAGUAGUAGCUCUCGUUACCCCGAAUUUUCAAGCAACAAACCCGGUUAUCCGCCGCACGCUACACAUGCUUGUUAUUCAAGCGCUAAAAGCAGUCCCAAGCACAAUUACCCCUACGGAUGUGAAUCACCCAAAAGCUAUUAUAGUCUCUUUGACCCCGUCUUCGUCGACUCUCAUUCAACUGCUAGCAAGCCCGGAUACUCUGGUGUUUCAAGUUUCUCUGAUCCAAUGCCUCCAAUGUACCCACCACCUCCACCUUACCCACCAAACUUUCCACCACUAAAUUCCAACACAAGACCGAAUCCACUAGGUCCCAGCGCUACUAAUCGUCCACCAAAUCCCGAGCAGGGAUACUUUCCUCCUCCUCCACCUCCUUUUAAUCCUUGUCACAUGACCGGAAGCGGUAUGCACUCAAGGAAUCCAGGAAACUCUUUCAAUCCCUCACAGUCAUUCCCCGAUAACAUCGCCCGUGAAGCUGCAGCUCAGGCUUUCGUCCAUGCUCGCCAAGCUGUUAACAGUUACAUCAUGAAUCAGCUCAACAACAAACCUUAAGUCUACUGAAUUUACCUGAUGGGCCUUCCAUCUUCUUACGUUUGUUUUAUAUUUCUUUAAUAUAAUUACUACAACAUAUUACAUUAUAAUAAAAAAAUUAUAAUCUAUAAUCUCUCUGGCAUUACCAUUUUUAAAAGUAUUUAGAUGUAGUAUUAUAAUUAUAUCAUCAUUUUCUAUCUACUUGAUAUCAAGUAAAUAUUAUUAUUUUUAAAUUUAGAUUAAUUUAAAUUUAACUGUAUUAUGAUAUAUGUCAUAGAUGUAUAA